CUUCCGGGUCACGCUUCUCACGCCGUAUCAAGCAUGGCAGCGAAAAACAAGCAGCGUAAGAAAACUAAAAGUUCAUUGAAACAGAAUUUCCAGUCGGAAGAAAAAGAACCGGAGCCUGAAGACAGCGGUGCGGAACAAGAUGAGGAGUCCGAAUACAGUAACGGAGGAGGUGGAGGAGGAGGUGGAGGAGGAGGGGGGAAUCUUGACGAAGAGGAGCUGAGUCUGGACGAAGUGUUACGGCUGGGAGGAACACAGGCUGACUACAUCCUCCUCGCUGCUCUGGAGGACAACGUGGAGCUGGUUGACGGAGGUAAGAAAGGAGCCAUCGACGACCUGGAGGAAGGAGAGCUGGAGACCUUCAUCAAGAAACUGGACUUCAAGGCCUUUGCUGGGCAGCACGUGAUCCCCGAUGAGCCUGACCUGGACGGUGCCAAAGAGGGUAAGAAGACCAAGACCAAGACUGGAGCGUCGGCCGCAGACCACGAGGCCGGCGGUCAGGAGGAAGUCGGCAGCGACCGGCAGGAAGUUACCAAACAGAAGGCCAAGAAGAAAACCCCGGAGCAGGGGAGCGCUGGGAAGAAGGCCCGACACAACGUCAACCUGUUUGAAUUCCAGCCCAGACACAACCUGCUCCUCAAACCUGGAGGGAAGUGGUUCGACCUGGAGUACAGCGCCGAGGGGUCGUCCUCGCCACAGGACCCUCAGCUGGUGUCUCAGUACAAGACGCUGGCGCAGCAGCUGCUGGAGGCCGAGGUGGCGCUCUACAAGAACAAGAAGGUUCUGCAGAAAGGAGCCAACUCUGCCUGGAUGAAGACCGUGGUCUCCUCCGGCGUGCUGGCCGACAGGAUGGCGGCCAUGACGGUGCUGAUCCAGGACGCCCCGGUGCACGCCCUGGAGCACGUGAGCAGCUUGGUGGCCAUGGUGAAGAGGAAGGGCAGCAGGAGGAUGGGUCUGAUGGCCCUGGACACGCUGAGGGAGCUGCUGCUGUCCGACCUCCUGCCCGAGAACAGGAAGCUGCGCACGUUCGCUGAGCACCCCUUCCACCAGCUGGAGGAGAAGGCCAGCGGUAACAGAGACGCCCGGGACCGCCGCCUCCUCAUCUGGUACUUCGAGCAUCAGCUGAAGCAUCACGUGGCCGAGUUUGUGGAGGCUCUGGACUCGGUGGCCCACGACACGGUGGCGGCGACCAAGGCCAAAGCGCUCGCCACCGCCCACGAGCUUCUGUGCAACCGCCCGGAGCAGGAGAAGGCGCUGCUCGGUCAGGUGGUCAACAAACUGGGCGACCCCGAGUACAAGACGGCGGCCAAGGCCUCGUACCUGCUGGAGACGCUGCUGCACCGACACCCCAACAUGAAGGCGGUGGUGUGCUGCGAGGUGGAGCGCCUGGUGUUCCGGCCCAACAUCAGCGCCAAGGCGCAGUACUACGCCGUCUGCUUCCUGAGCCAGGUGCUGCUGAGCCACGAGGAGGCCGCCCUCGCCGCCAAGCUCAUCAACAUCUACUUCUCCUUCUUCCGCGCCUGCGUGAAGAAGAAGGAGGUGGAGUCCAAGAUGCUGAGCGUGCUGCUGUCGGGCGUGAACCGGGCGUAUCCUUACGCCGCCGCCGGAGACGAGAAGGUGAAGGAGCAGCUGGACACGCUGUUCAGGGUGGUGCACCUGGUGAAGUUCAACACGGCCGUGCAGGCGCUGAUGCUGCUGUUCCAGGUGAUGGACUCGCAGCAGACCGUCUCCGACCGCUACUACGUGGCUCUGUACAGGAAGUUGCUGGACCCUGGUCUGUCCUCCUCCUCCAGACAGAGCAUGUUCCUCAACCUCCUCUACAAAUCUCUGAAGGUGGACAUUGUGCUGCGGCGAGUCAAAGCCUUCGUGAAGCGCCUCCUGCAGGUCAGCGCCGAGCAGAGCGCCAGCUUCGCCUGUGGAGCGCUCUUUCUGGUGUCAGAGGUCAUGAAGGUCAAACCAGGUCUGAAGACGUUGCUGCAGGAGGACGUGAACGGAGAAGAGGAGGAGUUCAAAGAUCAGCCUGAGGAGGAGGAGGAGGAGGAGGAGGAGGAGCAGGAGCACUUUGUUGAUGCUGACAAACUGCAGGAUGAAGGAAACCCACAGAGGUCGAAGGUCAAACCUGCAGCAUCCUGGGUUCAUCACCAAAACAUGGAAGGUGUGAAGAGGUCAAAGGUCUAUGACCCCCUCCACAGAAACCCACUGUUCUGCGGCGCCGACCACUCGGGAUUGUGGGAGCUGCAGAGGCUGACUCAGCACUUCCAUCCGUCCGUGUCGCUCUUCGCUAAAACUCUGCUGCAGGGGGGCACCAUCCUGUACUCCGGUGACCCUCUGCAGGAUUUCACUCUCAUUCGUUUCCUGGAUCGAUUUGUCUUCAGGAAUCCUAAAAAGGCCAAAGGUCAACAAAACACCGACUCGGCCGUGAUGCGACCGAAGCAGAAACUUUCCUUCAAGUCUCUCCCAGUGAACUGUGAAGAGUUUCUGUCCAAAGACGAAAGUCAGAUUCCUGUGGAGGAGAUCUUCUUCCACCGCUUCUUCAAGAAACGUCAGCAGGAGAAGCAGAAGCUUGGGCUGAGGGACAGAGUGGGGGACAACGAGAGUGUGGAGGACGUGGACGACGAGGAGUUUGAGAAGAUACUGGACUCCUGUGAGGGAGACUCCUACUUCACUGACCUGGGAGACCAGGACCUGGACUUUGCUGGUAACGUGAAGAGUAAAAAAGGUAAAAAAGGCGAGGAGGACUCGGACGUGGACGACUCGGACGUGGACGACCUGGACGACGAGGAAGUGUCUCUGGGCAGCAUGGAGGACGAGGACUUUGGAGACGAGCUGGAGGAGGACGGAGGAAUGUUCAUGGAUCCAGACGCUGAUGAAGCUGCGGAGCUGGAAGAAGACGAGGACGAGUCCAACGUCAACGACGCUGUGAUGGAAACUGUGAAAAUCAGGAAGAAGAGGAGGUCAGAGGAGGAGGAGCUGGACUUUUCUGGAGCUUUAGGCUCCAAACCAGGGAAGAAGAAGAAGAGAGGAAGGAAGGAGGCAGCCGUGUUUGCUUCUGCAGAAGAGUUCGGUUCCCUCCUGGAUGAAAACGCCGGCUCCAAGUUCGACAACAUCGGACUGAACGCGAUGGCGAACACGGACCGAGCAGGUGUGAAGCAGCUCAAGUGGGAGGCGCAGCGUGACGACUGGAUCCACGGCCGAGACGUCAAGACGCUGCGCAGGAAGAAGACGGCCUUCAACAGGAGGCGGGCGGUGGGCGGAGCCAGGAUGAUGGGGAAGAGGAAGUAGCAGAAGACGUGUCUUCUGUCAGUGCUGUUUGGACGACCACGCCUCCUGGUCUCGCUCUCUGACGCCGUGUUGUCCCGCCCACUCGUUGGACUGAUAGUAAACUGAGGAGACAGAAGCGUCAGCUGAUCAUGUUUGACGAGUCAUCAGACUGGAGUUGUUCAACAGGACUACAGUACGACGACACCUUCUAAGACGGACGGACACCUCCUCUUCAUGGAGCUCCUGAAGUCUGUGGAGAAACAGAUGUUCUAAAUUCACUGUUUGUUCUCAACGUAAUAAACAAAUGAUUGAAAAGGC